UGAACAUUUUUUUGUAUCGAAAAAAUAUCGAACCGUGACACCAAAGUAUCGAACCGAACCGUGAAUUUUGUGUAUCGUUGCACCCCUACUACGCACUGAUGCCACAGGUGGCUGGGUGGAGUCCUGAGUGGUUCAGGGCCUCCACCUCCUGUAGACUCAAUGAUGUAGCAGCACACAGCCCUUCGGCCUGUCUGGGUCUAAAAUCGCCUGCUGCUUGUAGUGAGGUGAAGUGGUGCAAUACACCCUUUGCUCUUUAACUACAGGGUGCUGAAGGCGGACUACAAAAACUAAAUCCUCUUCGAUUUGUGGAGAUGAUAUGAACGAGGCUGGCGUUGAGAGGAGGAGCGUCUGGGGUCGUAUUCACCGACGUCAGCACAAACACUUCUCCUGGCCUCCUCCUCCAAACUGAGCCUCUUCCUGAGGCUCAGUUUGUCUGAAAUCUGUGGUGUAUGUGAGUCAAACACUCAGGAUUUACCGAAUACAAUCAAACAUCCUGCGCGUGUUGUGGUCGCUGCUGCUGGGACGGUUCAGCAUACGGGGACACUGAGUCCGACUGCACCAUGUUCACCUCCACCCACACACGCUGAACUUUGUCCUCAUAAAUAUCAGCAGCUGUAGGUCUGCUUCCACCUUAAAAUACGUUAAGGACUGAGUGCCAUCUCUCUCUCUUAUUGGAGCUGACCUGUCAGUAACCAUGGAGACCACAGCUGGACACAGCAUCGCAGCUCGUCACGGGAGGCCAUAUUAUUUACGAUGAUGCUCGCGCGGACAUUUUCGCUUUGUGUCACACGCAGAAGGAAAACACACCUGCAGGGCCGAGCUCCAAUCAGAGAGCUGCGCCACUGCACAGUCAGAGUGGGAGGGGAGGUGGAGGGCAGCUGCUCUGCUUGCAUCGAUGUGAGGAAAUGAUUCGAUUCAUCUUCAUAAAUGUCACGCCUCCUCCCGUUUGCUCCAAAUGUCACCUCAGCUGCUUUCAUGCGACUGUCAGAUAUCUCCUGGCCUCCUCCUCCACCUCCCCCUCACCACCUCCCCCUCCUUGCCUCCUUAGAUUGGCGAAGUUUGGUUUUAAAGGCGACGAGGAGGAGGAGGAAGAUGAAGGUAUCACCUGCAAUCAGCUCAUAAAGCCUCAGGAACAAAGCAGCCGCGGCUCCUCCCGAUGCAGCUUUCAUUUCCUGUGUGGCAGGAAAUUGUCUCCGCACGCUGAUAACCGCGGCUGCCAUCAUGGCCGUUUAUCAGCCAACCAUCAGCCGUCCAUCACCUGCCCGCCCACAGGUUUAAUAGAGGACUCCGCUCCUCUGUGCCCACAGCUGAUGAAACCUCAAACUGAAGUUUAAGAUCUGAAACGACCAAUCAGAGCACAGCGCCAUUCCAGACUCAAAGCUCAUUAGGCCGAGAGCUGCAGAUGUUUACAGUCGAACCAAACCACCCUCUCUGAUGUCUGGCAGUCGGGGGGGCGGGGCCACAGCAGGAUGUACAGGUGGGAAUCAUGUGACCCAAGCUGGAAUGACAUCAGCUUCCACUGCUGCUGCUAUGAGUAAGGUAGAGGUCAGAGGUGUCAUCACCUGAUCGGCUCCAGUCGCCACACGUGAUCAGUUUGAUUUGUGGUCACAUGACUUUCUGUGGGUGAAGGUCAGCUGUGUGACAGGAUUUAUGAACAUAGGCAGGUAUUUAAGGUGUGUGAGAGCAGGAAACAAGCCCCUCACCUGCGGGAGUUGUAUGGUCCGUCCAAGCCAGAGAGGGCGGAGCCGUGGAGCCUUUCUUACUCUUUAUGUCCUACCUGUCACAUGACACUCGACGUCAGCGGGAAAUCGCUCAGGUGGGGUGACCAGGUGUGUCAGGGUGUUACGAGUUCAAAUAUUGAGGGUGAGCACAAAGACAACAAUUGGUCCAGGAGAGUUAAGAUGAUUUAAUGAACACACGCGUGGGGAGAUGAACACUGCACGCCGACAGCAUCGAUCUCCGCCCAACGAUACACAAGCAGUUGUUUUCAUAACAUCAGGGUAUUGUUUAUGACGCCCCCUCAUGUGUCAAACAGAUACAACACAUGCAUACGUUUCAACACCACAAAUGUUCUGUUGACGACUUUCGACACAUUUAAAAGGACAUCUUCUCCGUCUCGAGGCCAGGUGCUUCCUGUUAAUAACUCUCGCUUAUCUCCUGGAGCAAACUGUCCCUUAGGCAGACACAAUUUUGCAGUCACAAGCUUUUGCAAACUAUUAUUUGAACUCUUACCUAAACAUGAGUCUAACUACUGUGUGUGUGUGUGUGUCUCAACCUCCAAAUGCACUCGGCCUCACCCCGCCCGUUGAUGCUUCUGACCUUUUACCAGGCAGAAGCUCUCUGUCUCCUCUAUUAUCAGAAAACAAGGUCCUGACUCUGAAAACAGUAUUUCUUAUACCUCAGCAGUAUCAUGCAUCAUAAACAAUAUCAUUCAUUCACAAUAAGCCAGCAGUCUAAUGCAAUGCAGAUUAACAAAUGUAACUCAGGAGAAUAAUGCAAACUAAAACUACAUAAUAAUUGACAGUCAUUAUUCAGGGGCAUAACGUGGCAUUAAUAUCACAAUCUCACUGCUUUUAAACACGCAGGUCCCUGUGUGCGUGUGUGCGUGCUCGUUUAAACAUCUUUGUGGGGACCAGUAAUUGGGAGGACCAAAUGGCGGUCCUCAGCUGUGGUUAGGUCUUUGUUGGGGUCAGGCAUUAGCUCCUAUUGGUUAGAGUGAGACAGCAGGUAAAGUGUUAGAUCAGCUCAAUGUCCUCAAGGAGAUGUGAAAAUGAGUGUGUGUUUGUGUUCAGGUGUGUCUCUGAGCUGCUAUGUGUGCUCUAAUGAUGUCACUCUGCUGCCAAAGUCUCCGCCCACCUGGAGACUGCUGUGGGUGGAGCUUACCCCCCCCUCCCCCUCCUGGGGGAGUAUUUUUGAGGAGGCGGGUCGGCAGCGGCUCACAGCUCCAGCAGCAUCAGCAGCAUCAUCCUCCUCUUCGUCCUCCUGAGCGGCGGCAGAGCGACAGUCUGGAGUCCUGGUACUCGUACACUCACUGGUUCCCGAUGGCGUCGGGCCACGUGAUGAAGGACGAUGGCGAACCCAUCCCCAGGAUGCAACCGGCUAUGAUGAUGUUCUCCAGCAAGUACUGGUCGCGGCGCGGGCUGUCGCUGGACUCGGCUAUGUUUGACCAGCAGCAUCAGCGGCAGCGGCACACCGGCGGACAGAUGUCGAGGCGUCCGUCCUUCUGUCCCAUCAACGAGAAGCCGGACAAAGAGGGCACAGAGGAUUCUGGGAAAACGGCAGUGGUGUUUUCUCUGAAGAACGAGGUCGGCUGUCUGGUCAAAGCUCUCAGACUGUUUCAGGAGAAGCACGUGAACCUGAACCACAUCGAGUCUCGGAUGUCAAAGCGAGUUCCUAACGAGGUGGAGAUCUUUGCAGACUGCAGCUGCAGCAAGAAAGAGUUCAACGAGCUGCUGGAGCAUCUCAAAGACCACGUCAACAUCGUGUCCUUCAAUACGCCAGCACAUGUGUGGUGUGCUGAAGCAGAUGAAGACGAGGUUCCCUGGUUUCCCAUGAAGAUCUCAGAGUUGGAUCAGUGUUCUCACAGAGUGCUGAUGUACGGGUCCGAGCUGGACGCCGACCAUCCCGGGUUUAAAGAUAAUGUUUAUCGCCAGCGCAGGAAGUACUUUGUGGAAGUGGCCAUGAAUUAUAAGUUCGGGCAGCCCAUCCCUCGUAUCGAGUACACGGAGGAGGAGGUGAAGACGUGGGGCGUGGUGUUCAGAGAGCUGACCAAACUGUAUCCGACUCACGCCUGCAAAGAGUACCUGAAGAACCUGCCGCUGCUCACUGAGCACUGUGGCUAUAGAGAGGACAACAUCCCGCAGCUGGAGGACGUCUCACUAUUCCUCAGAGAGCGGUCUGGCUUCACCGUUCGCCCGGUGGCAGGUUAUCUGUCUCCCAGAGACUUCCUGGCUGGUUUGGCCUACAGAGUCUUCAACUGCACUCAGUACAUCCGGCACAGCACCGACCCGCUCUACACCCCCGAGCCAGAUACGUGUCACGAGCUGCUGGGUCACGUCCCCCUACUGGCUGAUCCAAAGUUUGCCCAGUUCUCUCAGGAGAUCGGUCUGGCCUCCCUGGGAGCGUCUGACGAGGACGUUCAGAAACUCGCCACAUGUUAUUUCUUCACCAUCGAGUUCGGACUGUGCAAACAGGACGGUCAGCUGAGAGCUUAUGGAGCCGGUUUACUGUCGUCUAUUGGAGAGUUGAGGCAUGCCCUGUCUGAAAAGGCAUGUGUAAAGAUGUUUGACCCGAAGACGACCUGCAACCAGGAGUGUCUCAUCACCACCUUCCAAGAGGUUUACUUCGUGUCGGAGAGCUUCGAGGAGGCCAAGGAGAAGAUGAGAGAGUUUGCAAAGACGAUAAAGCGCCCGUUCUCGGUGUACUACAACCCGUACACUCAGAGCGUCGACCUGCUCAAAGACACCCGCAGCAUCGAGGACGUGGUGCAGGACCUGCGCAGCGACCUCACCACUGUGUGCGACGCCCUGGGGAAGAUGAACACCUACAUGGGCAUCUGAAGCUGGCGACGCACCACCAAGCUUCUGCAGAACAUCAGCCGCCAUCACGCGUCCAUCUACGCCUCUGAGUCCAAUGUAGCAACCACAGGAAGUUAUUAGCUAUCAUACCGGCUCAUAGUCUGUAUCACAGCGCCACGAAUCCAUCAAUGACGACUUACUGACCAGGUCAAAGGUCACCGAGACCAUGCCCAAGCAUCUGCAGGUGUUUCCUCAUGAAGGCAGAUCCAGGACGAGGAACGCUCCCUGUAAGGCUCCCCACGCCGAUCCAAAGCUGCGGUCACACGAACAACAGAGCAAAGUUUCACCUCGCUGUGUGCAGCAUUCACGUCCCCGUGUUGCUCCGUUUGACUGCCUGCAAAGAGUCAAAGGUCUGUUUUUGACACUUUCAAGCCGUCUACGUUCGUCUGAAUCCCGUCUCUUUCGCUGCAUUUCGGGCUGAACUGCUGAAAAGCAUGGCGGCGGUUAGCUCAGUACGAUCAGCUCAUCAGAGCAAGAUGUCGUGAGUAAGAAGGAUGUCCAAUAAGACCCUCGCACAUUGACUCACCUCUUUCAAAACCCCCUUCAGCCAACCGCCAUCCAUCGUAGAAAUGAACUUUUGGUAAAUUUUUGCCUCGACAACUUGUUUCUCCUUUACUUUGGCGCCAAACUGCACAGGCAACCAUGGCACUCUCUCAGCUGUGUGAUGGAUCCACAGUUUGGCUCAAAAUGAACAAGAAGCGAAAUCGUGCGACUCCCGCCUCAUUCGCGUUGCGAUUCCUCUGGCGUCCGUCUGAGCUCUCGCCAUACUUCCUGCCAGCAGGAUCGGGUGAAUACAUUGUUUAUUGUAUCAAAACGCAUUCGCCUCUCUUCUUGUUGUCUCGUUUUGGAUGUCACAGCGUGAAAGCUUCCCUUCGUGCUUGGUGUGAACGCUCCGUCUGAAGGUCCUCCCCUCUGAUGAGCUUUGAGGUCUCGUGACUAUAGAGCAUCAGUGAGUCAUGUGAUCUGACUGAGGGUUUGUGUGAUUUGUGGACUGAACAGGCGGCGCUCUCAGCUGAUUGGCCGCAGCUGACUGAACUUCCUGUGCUGCUGUGUUGCUUCUGUACACCCCUGUAAAUGAUGGACCAUUAAAGCUCCCGAGUGUCGCAGGUCUCUGUGUCUUCAUUUUUACCUGCAGUGAGAGCAUCGUGCCUGCACGAGCAGAGGGCGUCCGACGGGUGGGGCUACCUGUGGUUUCAGUCCAAGGUUACAGUCUGCUGAAGUCCUCUGACACUCACCCCCACCAUGGUACAAACUCAGUGUGUCAUCCAGAUGUUUGUGGGUGGGGAACAGCUGGGGGCUUUAGGGUGUUCGAGAGAUGUUUGACUUUUAACCGAGACUCAAAGUCAUUCCAUCAGAGUUGGCUUUUCAGUGAGUUUGUGUCGGUGGGACGUGAUCCUGUUUCCAGGCUUCAUGGCCCCAUGCCCAGCUUUAAGCCAGGUUUGAAUCUGCUGCUCGUAGAAAGGAGAAAUGCCCUCUCUCUUUUAACCAUGUUCAGACAGAGUGCAGGACGAAGGAGAUGAGAUGUGGAAGUACUUCAACUUUGUUACUGGGAACUUAUGAAGAAGAGAAUAAACAUGAAACUAAGGUUAGACAGCAGGAAUAUGAGGAACAACACGACAAAGGAUGCAGACAAAGGGUUUAAAUUCACAAAAGCGAAUGGGCAAAGUGGAGACACCUGGGGAACACAAGUGAACUGAAUGUGACUAAUGAAGCAGAACUGCACACGACACAAAGAAGUAUCAAAAUAAAACAGGAACUAACUGAACAGGUGACACUUCAAUACCAACAGAAAGGUAAACCAACACAGGGACCAGACUGACGACUAAACACAGAUAAGACAUGAAGUAAAUGUACACAACCUACAACUAAACACUGGGUGAUGGUUACACUGAGAAAGAAAGCACAUGAUGACAAGCCUCAGAGUUGAUAAUAAAGGGGAGAUGCUCACAAAUAGUAGGUGCUACGACCUGAAAGGUGAGUACGAGGUGCGACCUGUAAUGAGUGACCUGAAGAGCUGAGACGGCGAGGACAUGUCUGCAAAAUACGGCGGCGCACGAUUGUGCACAGCGCCAAAAGUUUAGGCCGAGUUUUUAAAAGUGAUGAAGAGCAAGCAAAACGUGCGACCUCCUACAGCAGCAGCAUUUCAAACUGGAUUUAAAGACAGCCUGGAACACAUCCAGCUGAAACUCAUCAGAACCAACACAAUAAAACUUUUACUGUCAGUGACGUGGCUAAAAGAGCCUGACACAGGUGUUUACUUCCUCAUCUGUUAGAUCCUCUGAUGAGCCCAGAAAAAAGUCCCUCCCUGGCUCUUCAGACUAAUAAUUCCUACUUAGUGAUUUUCCUUCUUUUACCGAGUCGCCUCCUUUCAGCUUCUGCAUGCAGUAGCGGUUUUAGAUACGGGCGACAUGGGCGGUUGCCCGGGCGGCAUCGUGGUGGGGGGCGGCAUCACGGGCAUCGGCAAAAAAAAAAAAAUGCUCAUGCUGCCUCAACAUCAUGCUGGGAAUGUCACAGGCACUGAUCGGUUUUCUAUCGCCCAUUUGCUGGGAGUAAGGGCGCCCUCCGUUUGCGAGGUGUGCCUGCUGCUUGCGCCACAGGGAGGAGAGGUUGGGGCGGCGGGGAGCAGCGUCUAAUAACCAACUCGUAAAAUAAAACAAAAUAAAAACAAACCAACAAACACGAAAACACCAGAC